AUGGCGUUGAGGGCAGCCAUACUUCGUCACGUCCGAGUCCCGGUUCAAACCCUAAUCAUAACCGGAUCGAAACUGCAGCCACGGGCUCUGUACGGUGGUUCCCUUCGGUUCCUUUCAUCCCACGGUGACGAUCAUCUGACCAAGGACGAGGUCAUUGACAGAGUCCUCUCCGUCGUCAAGAGCUUCCCCAAAGUCGAUCCCUCCAAGGUGAAUGCUGAUGUCCAUUUCCAGAAUGAUUUGGGCUUGGAUAGCUUGGACAAUGUGGAGAUCGUAAUGGCUCUUGAAGAGGAGUUCAAGCUGGAGAUUCCAGAUAAGGAAGCCGAUAAAAUUGAGUCCUGUAAUCUUGCAAUUGAAUACAUCUACAACCAUCCAUUGGCUGGUUAACUUGAUAUAAUCUGCCCAAGCUCAUUUUUCUCAUUGAAUUACUUGUAGAACAGUAAGCUGUUCAGCUUUUUUUUUUUUUUUGGUCUACUCGUUGGAUGUUUGUAGAGUGAUCUUCAAAUUUGCGGUGGAAAAUAAUUUGAAAACUGUUUAAAGAUGAGUAGCCUUUCCAGAAGUUGGCUUGAGAAUCUGAGAUGCUUCUUAUUUAAACAGUAUCAGUUUCUUUUGUUUCCAGAAUACAUCGGAAUGGUUGUGUUUGCCAAA